AUGAAUAUCAUGAGACGACUGGUGUCUCAGCAGACCAGAGACGACAGGGAGUUGUCGUCGUCGGAGACAUCGCUAUCAUUGUCUCAUUUAAACAAACUCUUCGUUGACAUCAAAUCCAAUGCACCGCCGAUUGGGUCCUCACAGCAGACCAACGAUAAGACCACCGAAAACGCCUCGCAAGCGAUCGUCGAGUUUCUGGAGAUGACGCCCGUCUUGGAGUCCCCUGUUCUCAACUGGAGUUGCGAGCAGUUCACAAACAUAGACAUCUUCGAUUUGCCGCCAAUUAAUGGGACGAAGAGCACGACUCCCGGCGACAGUCAGGCGCACGAAGAGCUCCAACCGAUGGACCGGCGACUGCUCCUCCAGAAGGUGUUCUCCCAGUUGUUGAUCCGCUUGUGUUCAUCGCAUUCGGCGCUCAUGGAGUUGACCCGCAAAGACGAUUUGGCGCUCCUGUUCAACGCCAUCACCUCCUGGUGUCCGAAACACAACUCGUUGUGGCGAAAGACGGCCUCCGAUGUGAUCCUAACGAUGGCGAAGACUAAUAACAUAAACGGCGAGUAUUUGCACGAAAAGGGAUGUCUUAACAUAUUUGUGGAGAAUAUGCAGCGAAUGCUAGAGUUGGGCACAACUGGGACCACAGAUAUUGUGGAGAUGUCGAGCACUUUAGUGAGCUUUCUGUGCGAACUGUCCUCCAGUGGUAACAACUCGUCGGCGGUUAACAUAUUCCUCGACGACUUUAAGAGUGGGUUUGGGUAUAACUUUUUGAUCGACUUUUGUCUCAAAUUGGAACAAAUACCCGAAGAACUGGAGUCAUUGAAACGACUCGUCUCGUUGGUCACGCAGUUCACGAAAGUGGGAUCGCGUGAACUGAAGCCACGGCCACUGUCGGUGAACCACUUGUUCAUAAUGGAUGACUUCUCGAUGCCCAGACCCGCCACCAAGAAUGCCAUCAAGAAUUUGAACGCUUUUAAUGUCUUCCAAACCGUGUGGACCCGUUCCAAGACAACCACUCUUCAGACAUUGAUUUUGGAGGCAAUGCUUGUACUCUAUCGGGAAGAUAAGGCCAACUAUUUUAUACUCGACUCUCAGAACACUUUGAGUCAGUUUGCGGACAAACUUCAGUUGAAAUCGUUGGAAAUUCAGGAGAAAUUCUUCACUCUAUUAGAGUUUGUUGUGUAUGAACUGCGAUACGUGCCCUGCAAGGAGUUGAUCAGUGUCUCCAUUAUCAUCAAAACCAAACAGUCGCGCAGCGAUGAGUAUAUGAUGAGACAAUCGGACGACUCGGAGAACGAGCCGCUCCUGGAGCUGAUAGCCGACAAUGUACUGCAGAUGCUGUCGGGUCCCAACCACAGCAACUGUCAGCUCUACAAUGAAUGCGGUGCCGCCAAACAUACCUUUGCAUUCCUGUCCAACAAUAACUGUUCCAAACAGUUGCGCAAAAAGGCCUUUCAUAUCAUACAACAGUUGAUACUAUCGAAUAGCGGCGAAGAACACUUGGCGAACCUGUUGGCGCUGAUGCACAGGGAGUCGGACAUCACCACCAAUCUGAACCUGAAGUCAUCGAUACUGAAGUCGCUGUUGGUUGUGAUGCGAGAGAACCAUCGCGUGAGAGCUAUAUUCAGAAAAGUGGGCGGAUUUGUGUACGUGAUGUCCGUUUUGGUGCAUAUGGAGGGCUGUCUGGACGGCAAGACGUGGAAUGUGGGUUUACUCGACAUAAUCGCGUCGCUACUCAUAUACUACUCGCAAUCGGACGACUCGGAGAACGAGCCGCUCCUGGAGCUGAUCGCCGACAAUGUGCUGCAGAUGCUGUCGGGUCCCAACCACAGCAACUGUCAGCUCUACAAUGAAUGCGGUGCCGCCAAACAUACAUUUGCAUUCCUGUCCAACAAUAACUGUUCCAAACAGUUGCGCAAAAAGGCCUUUCAUAUCAUACAACAGUUGAUACUAUCGAAUAGCGGCGAAGAACACUUAGCGAACCUGUUGGCGCUGAUGCACAGGGAGUCAGACAUCACCACCAAUCUGAACCUGAAGUCAUCGAUACUGAAGUCGCUGCUGGUUGUGAUGCGAGAGAACCAUCGCGUGAGAGCUAUAUUCAGAAAAGUGGGCGGAUUUGUGUACGUGAUGUCCGUUUUGGUGCAUAUGGAGGGCUGUCUGGACGGCAAGACGUGGAAUGCUAUAUUCAGAAAAGUGGGCGGAUUUGUGUACGUGAUGUCCGUUUUGGUGCAUAUGGAGGGCUGUCUGGACGGCAAGACGUGGAAUGGUAUCGAACCCAAGAAGAGUUGGAAUCUCUUACGGUGUGUGUUCGCAGCCCUGACCACAGCCAUGCGCUACGAGCCCGCAAACGCCCGGUUCUUCGCGCAAGAGAUAUGCGCGUCGAGUCUCACGGACUCCAUACGACUUCUCGGAUGCUUUUGCGAUGAAAAUGAAGUAACGGAUCAUUCAGUGGCCGAAGGGACCGAUUUUGAGCAGUUGUUCAACUGUUCCAUCAAUGACUUGCCGCCAAAGAAGCAAAUGUCUCGCUCGGAGUCGGCGUGUCUUCUCAUGAGAUUACUGUACGACAUGACACUCGACGUGUCGGACAAAUGCUCGACAACACAAGCCGUCGCUCAGAAGGUUGUGUCUAAUACUCAGUCAACGUCGGGGUUGGGCCCGAAACGGCCGCCACACCUAAUGCUGUCGCCGUCAUCGGCCGAUCCGCCACUCAUUGUUCACUCGUCUGUCUUAAUAUCGAUGUUUCAAUUGAUUCCAUCGAUUCCGGACCAAAAUUUGCGCAUUUAUUUGAUGGAAGUGUUGCGAAAACUACUGAAGUCUGAGCGCAACCAACAAGUGAUGUGUGAAAUCAAUUUGGUUACCGAGAUAUUGAUGGACAGGUAUAACGAGGCGCUGCUCAACGAAACGCAUUCACUGCACACAUCCGCUCAAUAUAUACUCGAAAGGCUUUCCGCACAACACAUCCAACCAAAAGAACUCAGAUCAUUCCUACGAUUGGGUCAACCCCUCAAUUGUGUCGCUUUCGAUGAACUCAAUAAUGGAAAGCCGAAGAAUCAACGAAACGGCGGACCAAUUGCUUUGACACGAAUUAAGACGAUUGUAAGCAUGACUACACCUAAAGACGGUACGAGUCAUCACUUACUUCAGCCGCCAUUCGUCGAGUUUGAUAUGAAUCAGGAGGGCUUCUCCUCACUGUUUCUGCCAUCCAUUGCGCCCAUCAGUUUGAGUGGCAGUACUACCGGCGCGUCUAAUCUGCUGACGGGUGCCAUUGUAGGCAACUCUGAUGUGCCGGUCAGUGUGAACGGAGGCAUAGGAACGGGUGAACGAGCCUUUCCGUCGCAAUCGGGCUUCUCCUACACCACUUGGGUUUGCGUCGAGAAGUUCUCCAACUCGUCGAGCGAUGAGUCGCAUAACGUACGGCUACUUACGCUAUACAGAGCCUCCCAUUCCGGUCAGGAGUACGCGUGCUUUCAGUUACAGAUCGCCGCCAGAGAUAAAGCGCUUCUCAUCUCCACUCAAGAGAUUGCAAUCUUCGGUGAGACAGAAGUGGGUUCCUCUGGAUUUCCGCACCAAUUCGAUGCCGACCAUCACUUGAGGGUUUGGUCCCCAGAACUCAUCCAAGAGGGUCAGUGGCAUCACAUCGCUAUCAUUCUUAAUCGAGCUUUGCUUAAGAACUCAACGGUCAGCGUCUAUAUCGACGGCCAACUGAUCGCUAGUCAGAAAUUGCAUUACAUUUCGUCAGUUGUCGGCGGGAUUUCUGGCAUUUCCAACGCUAGUCCUCUGUAUGUGAACGGCUUUAUCGGAACACCUCCUCAAUGGCGCAAACAGUCGCGUCUGGUGUGGAAACAGGGACCGUGUCAUCUGCUCGAAGAGCCCCUCAACUCCAUGUUCGUGGCGUACAUACACUCGUUGGGACCCAACUAUAUCGGCAGCUUUCAGGGCGUCACUCAUAGCCAAGCGAUACAACAGAUUCAGCAACAGAUCUCCGAGGAUAGGGUCAUAUUCGGACUGAACUCGAGGGCCACCUCUGCCAUGACUUUAGCCAAAAUGCGAAGAGUUUACUCGCGUUUCGAUUGCCGACAAAUAUCCAAACUCUUGGGGAUAUCCACUCACGAGAACGCGACUCCCAUUUACGUGUUGCACAACUCCGCGGGACACCUGUGCGGACCCAGUCGUUCGUUGGGCGGCAUAUUAAUCGGCAAUAUAGGCGCCCGUUGUUUUGUGCCAAAGCCAGUGGCCGUCACCUGUAGCGACAUCGGGGGCGCGACCCUUCUGUUGGGUCUGAUCGCCAACUCCCAGGACGUGGAGUCGCUGUACGCGAGCGUCAAAGCGCUGGUGUGUGUGAUCCGCACGAACCGUGAGCUCCAGUUGGAGAUGGAGAGAGUGAACGGAUACCAAACCCUAGCCAUGCUUUUGCGCCGCAAACGCCAGUUCCUCAACUCACACGUAUUGCAUCUGUCUUUCAAUUUGAUCGGAACUCUUGAGAUCAAGAGAUCCCAUGAGAACGCGAUGGAAAUCCAGCGAAUCGGCGCAUUCAAAGACCUAUUGGCCGACCAGUUGGACCUUUGGGCGCAAAACGAGUUAUUGAAAUCACUUUUAGACCAUUUGAACGAAUUGUUGCUCGACUCGAGUCACUCGAGUGAAAGCAAAUCGUUUAAUCUGAAAGUCUUGAGAGACAUGUCUUUAUUGCCGAAACUGUUGAAUUUGACGCGAGAGAUACGUAUCACUGAUCCCAAGAUUUUAUCACUCAUUUACUCACUGUGUUAUCGACUCCUAAACCAAACGCCCAGACACUCGGAUCUCCUAUACUUCGGGCAAUUCAUAGCAUCACUACUUCCGGCCAAUAACGAGGAGAAAUGCGAAGACAUUAUAGAAUUGCGAAACUCUUUACUCAAGAUAUGUCUGCAACUCAUGACUCGGAGUCAACAGUUGGCCAUAAAUCACGCCAUUCAGGAAGAGUUGUCGCGAAUACUGGGUUUCGAUUGGUUUCUGCUGUUCCUUCAAAGUCCACUCCACAAGGAGACGGUGACCAUCGGAUUAGUCAACUUAAUGGUGAUUAUCUCCAAUCAGACGCUGUACGCGAAGUUCAAAGAGGGCGCGUCUAAUGGCGGGUGGCUUAAGGACACGGAGGCGGUGCUUGAGAGUCGGUUCGGCGUACAGCUGUUGGGCUUUAACGUCAACCCGAGCUAUAACGCCAGUUCCAUGCAGACGGUGCUCACGAGUCGCACGACUGGCAUGAAAAUGAUUAGAAACGAUUUGCUCUCAAUCCCGGGCUUCUUGUAUCUGAAUUGGUUGAUGUCGGCGCACGUGCCGCAGCCCAAAGUAUAUCUAGUCUUAUUCCAGGCCCUCAUCGGCCACUACCAGAACCUAUCGCCUAUGGUCUUGGAGUCUAUCGAGACCUUCGAUAACCUGAGUUUGGAUAACCUCUGGAACUGUCUGUUCGGCGAAUCCAACAAACGAUACGUUCAUUCGGGAGGUCUUUGCUGUAAAGACUUGUCGAUAACCAUACUGUCGAUGAUUCACACAUUGAUUUGGGACUCAGACGACGCCAACAACUUCACGGACUUCCCGACAAUUCUCAUACAAUUCGUGAUGUAUUUGUAUCACAACCGGAAAGACUUUCAGACAUUUUGUCAGUCGAACGCGGAAUUCAUAUCAGCGUUGUGUCAGACAGUGAUCGCCGACGAGUGCGACCAACGCGUGACCAAAGAGUCGUCGGACCCGAAAGAGUCCGUUUUGACCACUCAUUCGGCGAAGAAGCACAUCAUGGACUUCAUUCGUCUGAUUAUCAUAAACCUAAUCAGCAGCCAAUCAAACAGCGCCAUUCGUCCCAUACCUAUAUUCGAGCAGUUCUUGGAGGGCUUCUCCACCUGCAAGUUAGCCCAGACGGAGCUGAUCGCCUCCCUUCUGGAGCACAUGACCUCAUUGACGGAGUUCAUGUGCCAACAGUACGACUCGUCCAACUAUAUGCCGCAACAGCAACAGAUGGCCUCCUCUAACAUCGUGGUCUUCAUCGCCAUAGUUGUGGACAAACUAUGGCAGGACUGCUACCUCCGCGACCGCAAAGAGAUACUCGACUGCGAACUCAAACUCAUGACCCGUAUUCACGUGAGCUCUUCGCCGUCGCCGCAAACCACCAAAUCGUCGUCGAAGGCGGCGUCCUCUGCCCUCUCGGAACUCAAUCUGUUGUAUAAGUCUCUGAACCGAACGGUCCUUUACCUUCUGUCCCGUCCGUUGGAGUCUAUAUCGGAUCGCAUAUCGAUGCUGGAAGUGCUGCAACGCAUUCACACCAACCGUCAACUCAUCCUAAUCUCGUCGACGUUAUGCCUGAGGCUCAAGAAGCACACAGAGUGCAUAACAAACGACGGGCCGGUGCCCGACGCGGACGAGGGCGCGCUCCUCAUCGCGUCGGUGGCCAGAAAAAUAUGGGACGAAAUAUAUUUAUCUAAACGACAGCUCCUGGAGGAGACCCUCAAAAUAAAUUUAGCGCCAAAUACGCCGGCGUUUGGGUUAACGUCAAUCACGCCGGAGAUCUCGUCGCUCAGGGAAACCCUUUACGACCCGACGCUUCGAGUUUGGGUUAAUUACAUUGAAUACGAACAGCAGAGGCAGAGGCGACGGGCGGCCGGAAACUCGUCGCUCGACUCGCCCUCCGUGUCGAGUCCGACGGCAAUCAUAUCGGAAAAGUUGGCGAAUAUUAAUAAAUUCAAUUCUCUGGUCUCCAAGUCUGCCGGCGGUCUCGUCUCGAAACUCGUCGGCGGAACCACUGGCGUCGUCAGCGGAGUCGUGAACACAGCGGUCAGUGUGGGCGCCGCCGCCCGUAAGGAGGCGUUCCGUAACUCGUUCUCGGACUCACUCAACACGGGAACCGCUCAGCCGUGGCUUUUGAUGACUAGAAGCGAAGUGAUGCAGUGGACGGCCAUUCAUCUGUCGAUUAUCAACGACUUCAUUGAAUUGCAAUUAAAGCAGAAAAUUCAGUCCGACUUUCAUCUCAUGAAAUACGUUUACGACGAUUGGAUUGCCUCUGAAUACGAGUUGUUGGUGAGAGAGCGCGCCAUUUGGGGGCCCGACUACGGGUCCAAAUGUUUGGACAAAUGGAAGUUAGAUAUGACUGAAGGGCCGCAUCGGAUGCGAAAGAAACUGAUCCGAAACGACCUCUUCUACACUCACUAUCCAUAUAAGCCUGAGUUCGAAGGCAUGGACAGCAAAGCGCUGAAGUUUAAACUUCCCAUUAGUUUCGACUCCAAGGAGUACUACAAACGCUUUCGGGCCGAGAAUAACAGUCUCAUCGACCGGUUGGAGAUCUACGACGAAGAGUACUACAAACGCUUUCGGGCCGAGAAUAACAGUCUCAUCGACCGGUUGGAGAUCUACGACGAAGUGAUAUCAGUGUCUCCACUGCCGACCAGCGGUGACACGUCUUUCCAGGGCAUCAAAACCUCAUCUCUUUUGCCGUCAAAAUCUUCGUCUGAUAUCGAUGACCAAGACGUGUCGGAUCUAAACCACGAGUCGCAGGACAGGGAUGCGGACACAUCGGGCUUUGUGGACAUCAGCUCCGAGAUGGCCAGACCUGACUCGAGUGCUUCGGACCGCUUCGAAGGGGUGGAGAUGCAGACAGUCCUCAGACUCCUCGAAGAGGGCGAACGCAUCUCUCAUAUGUUUAGAGUGGCGCGCAUUCAAGGCUUAGACACCUUCGAGGGGUUACUGCUCUUCGGAAAAGAGCACUUCUAUCUCAUCGAUGGCUUCACUUUACUCAAGACCCGAGAGAUUCGCGACAUCGACUCAUUGCCCGUCAAUUUCGACUCCAAGGAGUACUACAAACGCUUUCGGGCCGAGAAUAACAGUCUCAUCGACCGGUUGGAGAUCUACGACGAAGUGAUAUCAGUGUCACCGCUGCCGACCAGCGGUGACACGUCUUUCCAGGGCAUCAAAACCUCAUCUCUUUUGCCGUCAAAAUCUUCGUCUGAUAUCGAAGACCAAGACGUGUCGGAUCUAAACCACGAGUCCCAAGACAGGGAUGCGGACACAUCGGGCUUUGUGGACAUCAGCUCCGAGAUGGCCAGACCUGACUCGAGUGCUUCGGACCGCUUCGAAGGGGUGGAGAUGCAGACAGUCCUCAGACUCCUUGAAGAGGGCGAACGCAUCUCUCAUAUGUUUAGAGUGGCGCGCAUUCAAGGCUUAGACACCUUCGAGGGCUUACUGCUCUUCGGAAAAGAGCACUUCUAUCUCAUCGAUGGCUUCACUUUACUCAAGACCCGAGAGAUUCGCGACAUCGACUCAUUGCCCGUCAAUAUGCACGACCCCAUUGUCCCGAACUCGUCGCCGCGUAAUAGCAUUUCCGGCGGAACUAAGAGGACAACGAAGAAGACUUGCAGUAAAUUCGCGUUCGAAGACAUCAAAGAAGUCCAUAAACGGCGAUAUCUGUUGCAACCGAUUGCGUUGGAAGUGUUCUCAUUGGACGGCCGCAACUCAUUGAUCGUAUUUCCGCGAAAGAUUCGCAACAAAGUGUACGCGAGGUUCAUGUCUGUGGCCACGUAUGUCACGGACAACGCCCAGGACUCCCUCAUGGGUCAGAAACGGAGCGCAAACGUGGAAACGGCCGGUAUUUUGAGUAAUCUUAUCGGCGAAACGUCUGUCACUCAGCGAUGGGUCAGAGGAGAGAUUUCAAACUUUCAGUAUUUAAUGAAUUUGAAUACAUUGGCCGGCCGUUCGUACAAUGAUUUGAUGCAAUACCCGGUGUUUCCCUGGAUUAUUGCCGACUACUCGAGCUCUGAGUUGGAUUUCUCGGACCCAAACUCAUUCAGAGAUCUCUCGCGACCAAUGGGCGCACAAACGACCGACCGUUUGGAGCAGUUUAGGAAACGGUUUAAUGAAUGGGACGCCGACUCCGACAUUAAAGGGGCUGAUGACCUAAUCCAAGGGCCCUACCAUUACGGCACCUUCUACUCCAGUGCCAUGAUUGUGGCCUCAUAUCUGGUGCGUAUGGAGCCGUUUGCGCAGCACUUCCUGAGCCUUCAGGGCGGACACUUUGAUUUGGCCGAUAGGAUGUUCCACUCGAUCGGCGACGCCUGGACCUCAGCCUCCAAACACAAUAUGGCGGACCUCAAGGAACUGAUUCCCGAGUUCUUCUAUUUGCCAGAAUUCCUACUCAAUUCCAAUCGAUUUGAUUUGGGAGUCAAACAAAGUGGUGUCCAACUCGACGACGUUGUACUCCCGCCCUGGGCUAAGGAUGACCCUCGUGAAUUCAUUCGAGUCCAUAGAGCGGCCCUUGAAUGCGAUUACGUGUCCGCACACCUGCACGAGUGGAUUGAUCUCAUAUUUGGUUAUAAACAACACGGUCCGGCUGCCGUCGAAGCGGUUAACGUGUUUCACCACCUCUUCUAUGAGGGAAAUGUCGACAUUUACACCAUCGAUGACCCGCUCAAGAAGAACGCCACCAUUGGAUUCAUCAACAAUUUCGGACAAAUCCCGAAACAACUGUUCAAAAAGCCGCAUCCCGUCAAGAAAGUUUUCAGUCAGAUGACGGCCGUCCCGUUGACGCCAAUACUGCCAUCCGUUGGCCUCAACUCAGUGCUCAUGAGCGGCUCGGCUCCGGACAAAGUGUUUAUCCAUCACUUGGAUAAUCUGCGGCCAUCGCUGCACCCAAUCAAAGAGCUUCGCGGAGCCGUCGGACAAAUCAUACAACAGGAGAAGGCGUUGUUAGCCGUCGAACAGAACAAAGUCCUCAUUCCUCCGCAAUUCAAUCGGUACAUCGCCUGGGGUUUCGCCGAUCACAGCAUCCGAAUCGGUCCCUACGAGUCGGACAGAGCGCUGUUCAUAUGGGAGAGCAAUCUCUUGCCACCGAAUGGCGAGAUUCUGUGCGCCACUGUUCCCAACCCGAGGAUUAUCAUAACCGCCGGAACCAAUUCAGUGAUAUCCGUGUGGAGAAUAAAAGGCAAAAUGCAAAACAUGUCACUCAUUCAGAACCUGUACGGCCACACAGAGCCCAUCACGUGUUUGAGCUCAUCGGCCGCCUAUGGGAUCAUUGUCAGCGGUUCCCGAGACAAGACAUGCAUUAUAUGGGAUUUGAAUCGUUUGAUUUUUGUGCGACAAUUGGGCGGUGGACAUAAUCUGAUACAUAACGCGCCCAUCGCUUCCAUUGCCAUCAAUGACUUGUCUGGAGAUAUAGCCACCUGUGCGUCCAAUUGGCUAUACCUGUGGACCAUAAAUGGAGACCUAAUUGCGAGCGUCAAUACACUGAACAUCUCAGCGGCCGCGCAAUCCAUGUCCACCACUCAAGUGCUUUGUGUGGCGUUUUCAACGUAUAAUGAAUGGGAUUCAGCGAACGUUAUAAUGACUGGUUCUUCGGAUGGUGUGGUGAAGAUGUGGUCAAUAGACUACAUACAGGUGCCCGUCGACGACGAGGACAAGUCCGAGCGGUCGUCCAAUACGAGCGUAUCCUCGACGCCGACCGAAGUCUGCAAAAACGACUCUUCGCUCACGAUUCCCGUGUCUAAGGAUGAGAUCGUUCGACGCCUUUCCAUAGCGUCGGCCACAGCCGAGAGUAAUAAAGGAGACGACGACGAGUCCACUGAAGGCAACGCCUCCUCUCCUGAAGACAAGGACAACGAUUGGGAUCUCUUGCAUAUUGAGGCGACGGAUGAGGUACCGGCCCUCUCGUUACCCCAUUCCAAAUCUGCGGCCAUUUUUAUCACUCCGACGAUCAAAGCCUCGCCACCGACUCAACACAAACAGAACAAACCGAUGCCAAAGACGCCGACCAUUGCGACCGCCGCCUCCAUCCUAGAGGUGCCCAAAAUCCGGACCUCGAAGUCGGACACAUCGCUCUUCGACUCGUUUAUUAUAGUCAACGAAAGCGAAUGCAAUCGAAACCGAUUGCAAUCGACGGCUGUCCUCAAAGCGGGCCACAAAUGGAUUCCCCGACUGGUGUUCCGCUCGAAGCUGACAAUGCAUACGGCGUUUGAGCGCAACGACAACACGGAACCGGCGGCCAUCACAGCGCUGGCCAUCUCUAAAGACAACCGAACGGUGUUUGUGGGCGACGCCAGGGGUCGGCUAUUCUCGUGGUCUGUCAGCGAAGGCCGCGGUGUGUCCGACCACUGGGUUAAGGACGAGGUGGUCGAGAGCUGCACUAAUUGUGGCACAAAAUUCACGUUUUCCGAGCGAAGACAUCACUGCAGGAAUUGCGGACACGUCUUCUGUUCCAAGUGUUCAAAGUUUGAAUCGGAAAUAAUACGCUUAAAGAUCUUCAAACCCGUGAGAGUGUGUCAGAACUGCUGGUCUAACCUCCAGUCCCAACAGACACUCUCGCAAACUCUUCGCCCAAAAUGAUUGUCAAAGUGUUUGUGAAAAUAUUUUCCUUCAAAACAGUUUACGCAAAAUUUUUGAGAUAUUUUAUGUCCACUCGAGUCAUAUCUGAAACCAUUUUCAUUCAAUGCAUUCCUAACACAGUAUAGCAUUAUUUGCAAUGAAAUUAUUAUUUAAUAUAAAGUUUUUGUUUUUGUUUUUAAUAUUUAUUAUGUUUUAAUAAUUUUAUUGAUUUUAAUUUAUUUAUGAGAUUUGAUAUUAUUUUUAUAUCGG